GUGAUUUACCUCUCCAUAAAAAUCUCGCUUUUCUCGUACUCUGGCGUCUUAAGCUCGCGCCCUUUUUCCCUACAGUUACACGCCCAAUGCACAGGAGAUAGACGUGUGCUCUACCAAGCCAAAAGAUAGAUUUAUACUCUUUUGCAGCUCCACCGUUUACAAAAGAUCUUAUCGCGAUUUAGUUAAUAACAGAGCAUCGCUGCGAAAAUAUAGCUCUCCGCCGACUCGCGUAUCGCGUGCUUCCAUCCGUCCGUUCGUCCGCGAUUGCGCCACUGACUGGCUCUUGCGACAAAAAAAAUCUAUCAUAUCUUCCCGGGAUGAAUAAAUCAUUGCGUCGAACUGGCUCUGACCACCACCAACCGCCAGAAUGUGCCCUACAACAGUGUACUACAGUGCAGCAAUAGUGUGUAUUUACAGAACCAAUCGGACUGUGUGAGCAUGACGAAUUUAUUAGCAUAUUCGUCGUUCGGUGGAGUGACCGCAGCCAGCAACACACGGUCGAAUGGUUCUACCGGUCGACGACGAGCGGUGAUCUGGGGCCGGUUCAUAAUCGGAACGGUGUUCUUGUGAACUAGGGGGAAAAACUGACGCGGAUCAGUGCUGAUGCGGCAUUGCAAUCGAUUGAAAGUGAAUUUUGUGAGGAUUGCACAGAGUUCUAAAGUGGUUUUUGAAUGGAGAAAUCUGAGAGUUAUGUAGAAUGCUGAUGUUAGUUUAAGUCGGUUGACAGAGUGCUAAGUGAUCAUCGUUCCAUUGAGGUUGCAGUUUUCCGAGCGUUAUGAAAUAAUUAAAUAGUGGCAGAACUUCGUGCAGAUAUAGCAGUUAAAUAACAAAACGAUGAGCAAAACAGCAAUGAAGGACCAGAAACGGCCCAUCUAUGAGGAUAUCAAAAUCGACACUGCGUUCCGCAAAAUUAGCCCCAAAGCCAUCGGGUUCUACGUGUGGCGGAUACAGAACGAUCACGUGGAAGCCAUCCCCAAGGAACAGUAUGGCACAUUCUACGAUGAGAACACCUACGUAAUCUACUCGGCCUCGCUGGCGGGAACAAUCUCCGACAAAAAUACGAUCAAUCGGGAAAUCAAAACCCCCGGAGCGGUUAUUGAGCGAUACAUCCAUUUCUGGCUCGGAGCCAACAUAACAUCGGAUCGCUCGAAGUCGGCCGCUUACAAAAUCAUCGAAUUGGAUCUUCAUCUGGACCACAAAACCACCCAAUACCGGGAAAGUCAAGGCCAUGAAGGAAUUCGGUUUUUGUCGUACUUCAAAGACGAUGGCAUGCUAAUUCAAUCCGGAACGGAUCCGUCGUCAUAUCCGCAGUUUCCCCGGUUGUACCAAAUCAAAGGGAAAACCACGCCACAAUGUAUUCAGCAAAAGGCGAUCACGUGGCAGCACUUCAACUGCGGUCACGUAAUGAUCCUGCAAACAUCGUCCAUUUUGUUUGUGUGGGUGGGACGAUCAACCAGUUCGUGCGAGAGGAUAUAUGGUUUGAAGAUUGGUACCAAGCUAAAGGAUGCCUUCAAAAUUCCGGAAAUAGCCAUCAUAGACGACGGGUACGAGCAGUCGAUGAGUUCCCAGAGGAAGGAGGUGUGGAACGGUUUUCUGAGCCUGUCGCAACGGUUUGUUCAGCCGCUGGCGUUGACUCCGUCGAAUGCGGAUAUCGUUUUGAAACUGUACCAGUGUGAUACGGUUAACGGGGUGUUUAGGGUAGAGCUGGUGAAGACAGGUGCCCUGGAUCAGGCGGACCUAUACGGACGGGACAGUAUCUAUAUUGUGGACUAUUUCUGCAACGGAGUUUGGAUCUGGAUCGGACGAAGCUCGCACAAACAGAAUCGGGCGGAAGCGAUGCGUCACGUGCGGGGUUAUGUCAUUAAGAAAGGAUACCCGGCAUCCACUCCGGUUGCCCGAGUCAUCGACGGUUUGGAACCGGCCGAGUUCACCAGCCUGUUCCCGAACUGGAUCAGUUCCGAUGUGAAUGGUAACUCAAUCAAGGGACUCUCGGAGAAGUUCGAUGCGCUGACGCUGAUCCAACGGCCGAAACUGGCCGCCCAGAUACAGCUGAUGGACGAUGGGACCGGUGACGCGACAGUGUACCAAAUAGGCGCGGAAGAUGUUAAAGAAAUUCCCAAAAAGUAUGCCAAGACGUUCUAUUCGUCGAAUUGCUACAUAGUGCACUAUCAGAUAUCGUGUACCUCGGAGAACAACAUAAGCACGUUGUCAAAUUCGAUCAAAAAUGUGGUUUACCUGUGGAUUGGGUCGAGCGCGUCGACGGAGUUCCGGCAGACAGGCGAGGCGUUUUUAGCGGAGAUGUGUAACCAUUUGAAGAAGAAUGUAGUUCAAGUCCGGAUCAGUGAUGGGAUGGAGCCGCCACAUUUUCUGCAGAUUUUUAAGGGAGGGCUCAUAAUCUUCAAUUCGAAGUCUCCGGGUGGAGAAGGGAUUACGAAUAUUCGGAAGUACCCAAGCAGUUUUGUGUUGAAGGUGGUGGGGAAUUCUAGUUACACCUGUAAGGCAGUGCAGGUUUCCAGUAAAACUUUGUACUAUCCAGAGGAUUGCUACAUAUUGAAAGCGCCAGAUAAUGAGAUCUGGAUAUGGUGUGGCCAGUACUCUACCGGGGACUCCAGAGAAAUGGCGAAGUCAAUAGCAUCGAUCCUUGGAGAGUACAACUUGGUGAUGGAGUCUAAUGAAACUGACGAGUUCUUCAAUUCGGUCGGGGAAAAGUUUUUGAAGCAGUUGAAGAAAACUCAUGGAAAUAUUGUAACACCCACGAUGAACGUUGCCUUGACCUGGGAAAGGCAGCGGAUCGGACUGUACAUGUGCUCUUUGGAGCAAGAAAAGCAUGUUCUGUGUAAAAUUUUCGGUUUCACACAGAAAGAUUUGAGGCCGGAAAAUAUUUUCCUACUGGAUGCUGGAAAUAUUGUUUACGUUUGGAUCGGAGACUUCGUAAGCAAUGACGAUCGAAUGCAGUGCUGGGAUCUGGCCAAAUAUUUGAUAACGACACAUCCGGUUCAGAGGGAUGCCAAUAUGCCAAUGGCGGUCAUUCGACAGGGAGAGGAGCCCAUCACAUUCAUCGGAUUCUUCGAUAACUGGGACAAGAAGUAUUACGAGAACUACAUCCCAUUCGACAAAAUCCGAGCUGAAUUGGAGACGCCUGGAAUUCCGGUGCCGGUACCGCGGGGUUCCGUACACAGCGACAGUGCCACUGGGGAUGAUUUCGAUCGUUACCAAAAGUAUCCUCUGGAUAUGUUGCGAGGUGAUCCUGCCAAUCUACCAGCCAGUAUCAACCCGACCCGGAAGGAGAUCCACCUCACCCAUGAUGACUUUGUGACCGUGUUCAAAAUGCCUUAUCACGACUUUGAAGAACUGCCCAAGUGGAAGCAGGUCGAGUUAAAGAAACAGAAUAAAUUAUUUUAG